GCUGCGGGGAGCCCCGAGCCCGCCGCGGCGGUGGCGGCGGCGGCAGCAGCGACGCGCAGCGCGGCCGCGCCCAUGGCGAGCAGCAGCGGCGGCGGCAGGUAGGGCGGGGCGGGGGGGCCGCUCCCCCGGCCAUGGCGCAGACGGAGCCCCCGAAGGCGGUGCGGCUGUGGCGCGAUGCCGCCCUGCGCGCACGGAAGCUGCGGGGCGGCCCGGGCGAGCCUGAGCCCGAGGAGCCGGACGCGGGGCCGCCGGGCGGACCGCCACCCCUGCCGCCCCCCGCCGCCGCCGCGCCUCGCCGCCCGCUGCCGGCGGCGGCCCUGGCGGACCUGGAGGCGCUGAACCUGAGCGGGCGGGGGCUGGAGGAGCUGCCCGAGGAGGUGGGCGCCGCCCUGAGCGGGCUGCGGGUGCUCAGCCUGCGGCGCAACCGGCUGAGCCUCCUGCCCGCCGCCGCCCUGCGCCACCUGGGCCGCCUGGCCGAGCUCGACCUCAGCCACAACCGGCUGCGGGGCCUGGGGGACGGCGGGGCGCUGGCGGGGCUGCGGGGCCUGCGCAAGCUCAGCCUCAGCCACAACGAGCUGGGUGCCGAGGGCGCGGGCCUGCCCCCCCGCCUCGCCGAGCUGUGCCGCCUCGAGGAGCUCGACCUCAGCUUCAACCGCCUGCGCCGCCUGCCCGAGGGCCUGGGCCGCCUGCGGCAGCUCCGCGCCCUCGACGUCGACCACAACCUGCUGCCCGCCUUCCCUGCCCCGCUCCUGGAGCUGGCCGCCCUGGAGGAGCUCGACUGCUCGGGCAACCGCCACCUCGGGGCUCUGCCCGAGGGCAUCGCCGCCCUCCGCCGCCUCAAGAUCCUCUGGCUGAGCGGCACCGGGCUGGCGGCCCUGCCCGAGGGCCUUUGCCAGCUGAGCGCCCUCGAGAGCCUGAUGCUGGACGGCAACCGGCUGCGGGCCCUGCCCGCGGGCUUUGGCAGCUUGCAGCGGCUCAAGAUGCUGAAUCUCUCCUCCAAUCUGCUGGGGGAGUUCCCUGCUGCCAUCUUGGCACUGCCCAGUCUGGAGGAGCUCUACCUGAGCCGCAACCAGCUCACCCUGCUGCCCCCUCACCUCUGCCAGCUCCGCCAACUUCGCACCCUCUGGCUUGACAACAACCGCAUCUGCUACCUGCCUGACUCCAUCGUGCUCCUCCACAGCCUGGAGGAGCUGGUUCUGCAAGGCAACCAGAUUGCCAUCCUGCCCGAGGGCUUCGGGCAGCUCUCCCGUGUCACCCUGUGGAAGAUCAAAGACAACCCCCUCAUCCAGCCCCCCUAUGAGGUGUGCAUGAAGGGCAUCCCCUACAUUGCAGCCUACCAGCAGGAGCUGGCCCACUCCCAACCUGCCCUCAAACCCCGCCUCAAGCUGGUCCUCAUGGGCCUAAAGGAUGCGGGAAAGACCCUACUGAGACGAUGCCUCAUGGAGGAGGAUGGGCAGAGGGAGGAUAUGGGAAGUCUGGUGACAGGGAGCACCCAGCCCAGAGUGUGCCCUGGGCAGCAGCAGGACAUUGGGAGAGUGCCAGCUGGGUGUUGCCCCUUCCCAGAGUCUCAGGACUCUUCCUCAGUGCAGGUACCUGUCAUGCAGCAGCUGGAACAUCUCCCUGCUGGGUGGCAGGGCUUCCCUUCUCAUGUGCCCUCUCACAGGGUAAAAGGGGAAACACCGCGUCCUACACCAUCGCUGUCACUGAGUCCCCCACAGGUACCAUCAGGACUGGGACUGCCAGGAGGCAGCAAGGGCAUUGAGGUGAUGGACUGGACAGCAGAUGCAGAGCGAGGCCUGACAUUCAUUGUGUAUGAGCUGGCGGGGGACCCAAGCUAUGAUGUGAUCCAGUCUUUCUUCCUCUCUCCUGGAGCCCUGUAUGUGCUGGUGGUGAAUUUGAGUGCCUACGUCCCACAGCACUUCUACCCCUCUGUGGGCUAUUUCUUGCACUGGCUAGGUUCCAAGGUGCCCCAUGCUGUUGUGUGCAUGGUGGGAACCCAUGCUGACCUCUGUGCAGAGCGGGAAUUGGAAGAGAAGUGCCUGGACAUCCAUCACCAGAUCGCUCAGCAGGAGAAAAGGGAUGCUGAGGGACUCCAGAGCUUGGUCCAACAGGUAGAUGAGGCUCUGGGACAGGACUUUGACCUGCGCUGCUCCAGCCCACACACUGCCUUCUAUGGGGUCUCAGACAAGAACUUGAGACGAAAAAAAGCCCAGUUUCAGUACCUUCUCAACCACCGCCCACAGAUCCUCUCUCCAGUGCUGCCUUUCAGCUGCCGGGACCGUUGCCAAGUGCGUCGCUUGCGGGACAAGCUCCUUUCGGUGGCUGAGCACCGGGACAUCUUCCCAAACCUGCACCGGGUUUUGCCCAGAUCCUGGCAAGUGCUGGAGGAGCUGCACUUCCAACCACAGGCUCAGCAGCUGUGGCUUAGCUGGUGGGACUCUGCCCGGUUGGGCUUGCAGGCAGGCCUGACAGAAGAUCGACUCCAGAGUGCCCUGUCCUACCUACACGAGAGUGGGAAGCUGCUGUACUUCGAGGAGCACCUCACCUUGCGGGAGUAUGUGUUCCACAACCUGCCACGGCUCAUUGACAUCCUCAAUGUCUUUUGCCAGCGGGAUGCAACAGUGCUGCUCCAGAAACUGCUUAGUGACACCCGCAUUGACGAACUGAGGGCCACUCAGCUCCAUCACUAUGUGGAGGGCUUCUUGCUGCAUGGCCUCCUCCCUGCCCACGUUAUCCGUCUCCUUCUUAAGCCCCACAUCCAGAGCCGGGAGGAUCUGCAGCUCAUCCUGGAGCUGCUGGAGAAGAUGGGGCUCUGUUACUGUGUCAACAAACCCAAAUGUAAGCCCCUAAAUGGGGCAGCUGCUUGGUACAAGUUUCCCUGCUACGUAAAAAACGAGGUGCCCCAUGCAGAGGCGUGGAUCAACGGUGUCAAUCUGAGCGGACAGUCCUUCGUGGUUGAGCAGCUGCAGAUUGAGUACAGCUUUCCAUUCAUUUUCCCACCCGGCUUGUUUGCACGCUACAGCGUCCAGAUUAACAGCCAUGUGGUUCAGCGGUCAGAUGGCAAAUACCAGAUCUAUGCCUACCGGGGAAAGGUGCCCGUGGUGGUGAGUUACCGGCCUGCCAGGGGAGCUCUGCAGCCAGAUACUCUGUCUAUCGCUAGUCAUGCAUCCCUACCAAAUAUCUGGACAGCUUGGCAAGCUAUUACCCCGUUAGUGGAAGAACUGAAUGUCCUGCUCCAGGAAUGGCCGGGCCUGUACUACACUGUGCACGUCCUCUGUUCAAAGUGCCUUAAAAGAGGGUCACCCAACCCACACACUUUUCCAGGAGAACUGCUGAGUCAGCCAAGACCAGAGGGACUAACGGAGAUCAUCUGUCCCAAGAACGGCAGCGAGCGAGUUAAUGUUGCCUUGGUUUAUCCCCCAACUCCUACUCUGAUCAGCCCUUGUUCCAAGUGAGACACCUGAAAGCAGACCCCCAAUACCCUGUCAGUAGAUACCAGAAAGUAGACACCGAAGGGUAAAACACACCCUCACUAAGCAUUUUUUUCUGGAAGGUAGCAGCCCCACAGCCUGGGAACAGUUCCAAUUAUUUGUGGAUAUAGACAGCCUGCUCCAAGGGUAAGGGGUACAGUAAAAUGGGUGGAGGUGUUUCCUGAGCUAUGUUGUGGUAGAUGCAAGACACACAUAGCAAGCAGGACAGAUCAGGAGAUGAUACAAGGAUGAGACCUUAGGAGGUCCUUCUCUGAACUCUAGAGUUAUACUGUUCUCUUCAAUAGCUUACAUGUCCUUCACUCCACAGAGUUGGGGAUGUGCUUGGAAAACAGACCUAUGUUGUGGUGAGAACAAAUGUGGAACAACACUCAUGAAAACAGGAAGUGCUGUGGCUUUUUGAUGCAUAGUUUUUCUUGCAGAACAGAAAUGCAGCCAUGGCGUGCUCUCUCGUGGAGUGGCACAAGGGAAUUUGUUAGGGAGCUUAGAGGAGCAAGCUGAGUGUCUUGCUGGUGCCUACUACAGUGAAGCACGUGGAUGCCUAUUACUUUCACUUCAGUGUCUGAAAGUGGUUACUGUUCUCUCUGUUCAGUACCCUCACACCUCAAAAUAUGCUCAUCUUACUGGUGAAUAGCUUUGAUGAUGAUUGCCUGUUGAGUUGGGUAUGAAGGUGAAGUUGAAGUGCCCACCUGGGGCAAAAUAGUAGAAACAAAGUAGUUGCCCUGGUACUGAGCCACAGAUCAUGACUGUUAAUUUGGUCCUCCUGCGUGUGUACAUGGCACAGCACACCACUAACCUGACACUGCCAUUUUUAUUGUACUGUGCUGUCAGGCUACGCCUGUGCACUUGUCCUCCUGUGCUCCAGCCUGCCUUCCACAGCAUUUAACAACUGUGUCCCAGUUUCUAGUCACUCUGCUGGCAGGAAACCUGUGUUCUCAAAAGGGCCUGUGUUACUUUUAGGGACCUCGCCCUCCUUAUUUAGAAGCCUAGAGAAAAUUGUGUGUCUUAGGAUCUUCAUCACAAGCCCUGUGAACCUUGCUGCUCGUGCUAAGUUACAUUUUCUUUAUCUUUUCCUCUCCCAGAUAAAUCAUCAGUGCUGGUGCCAAAGGUUUUCCACCGGGCAAAACAUGGCUGAUGCUCUGCAGUGCUCCCAUCUCUCCAGUUGUGGAGUUGCAUGCUGACGGGGAUAGAUGGGACUUUGGACUCUGAAACGCUGUGGGGUGGGGGCAGCUCCCAGGUGGAGGCCUUAUGGCUGGAGUGGAUGCAGUCACCUGGAGGUCGAGGACAACAACGAGGCAUGAAGCAAAACAGUUGCUGCAGAUGACAGGGCUACUGGCCAGAGGGGAAGCACUGGGGAUAGGAUUCUGUGGACCCAUUGAUCGUGUGUUGAAAAACCAUUUGGAUUUCAUGAUGAAUGUAAAAAUGUUCUUGGUACCAUUUAAUUCAGACCUGCUUGGAGGAAAGUCUCUUGAAAUGAGCUGUAGCAGGAUUCCCUGGAUUUGUUCCUGGACAAGUGAGUUUUGCGGCAGUUGGCCAAGGCUUUUCUGGGGAGGGGAUUGAUGUUGUGAAGCCUUUAAAAUUGCUCGACUGCAAAGCAGUUGGCUGUGUCCCACACAGCAGGCUUGGGCAGUGACCGGCAGAGCGGAAGGAGAAGCAGGCUGGGAAAUGUUUCCUGCCUUGUGUGUUCACAUACACUGUGCCAUGAAGCAGGAAGGGUGUAUUGUAAUCAUGCAGGGACAGAAGUAGUUCAGUCAAUGUGCCCCUGACACCUGCCAUUUCAUCCUUAUCACUAGCCCCCAACAGCUCAUGGUCUUGUCACAUCUGGAUGCUCUGGAGUUGUCAUUGUAGUCUCCAUGCAUUGUAGCCUAGAUCUGGGUCCUCCUUCUAGCAAAGCCACACAGGCAUUUUUGUGCAGAAGUCAGUGAAGCAGCAUGUGGUUAUGUUGUACAAACUCGCCCUGAUCCCCUUAGGCUGGUCCUGGCAGCUGUGGUUGUUGGGCAGCCAUUUUUCCCUGGGCCAGAUGUGGGAAAGGGUGGGCUGAGAACUGGCACCACAGCUGGUUUCUCUCCUGACUAGGUGGUUUUGAGGACUUCUAAAAUGUUGCUGUCCGUUUGUGCCCUGCAGCUGAGCCCUGAUAACUGGAAUAUAUGAAUCCUGCUCCAUGCAAAUAUUUGAUUAAGUGUAAAUCAAAUAGGAGGUAGGCAUUUCCAGAGCCAGGAUCCUUUUUUCAGAUGCUGAUGGCCGUGUGAGAGACAAGGGGCUUAAAAUCUUUGUGUUAAUGUAAAGCUUUUGACCCUUGGGGCUGCAAUGGCAGGCAUGGGGCAGAGACCCUUUCCCCCAGACCUGGGAUGUGUGAUACUAGUUGGCAAGCAGUCCCCACCAGAACAUGGGCUGGCCAGACCUGCAAUCAGUGGAAGACGUUGUAUGUAUCCUGUUGGAACCUGCUGCUGUUGCACAGAUGAUAUUGCCCUUGCUUCUGGUCCUUCAAAUAGCAGUCUUGUUGGCAGGGCUGCAAGUAGCCCCUUUGGCAGGAGCUUAACACUAUGAAAUGCAGGGCAGAAUCCACUCUAGUGGCAGAUUGCAGAGGCCAGGUGGAAGAAAUCAAGCCAUUGUGCCUCACUUCAGGGGGGGAAAGCUGCCAAAGAAAAGCUGGCAGCUCAGUCAGCUUCGUGCCUCUUCAGGGUAUCAUUCCAGCUGGAGAGAGAACUUGGGCUUUGAUUUCAUGUGUCAACAUACCACCUCUGGCAGUGGGCAUUCAAACAUUGCUUAUGUCAGUGAGAAGUUUGAUUUAUUUUGUGUCUUUAUUGCUGUAGAUUAGGAACUAGAAAUUGGAGGCUGGAAGGAGUGGAAGGGAGGUGAGAUCUUUGAAUUCUGUCAGGAAUAGUGUUAGAAAACUGCCUUGUCUUGCUGCCCAUGAGACAUGAAAGGCCCUGGUACAGUCAGAACUUAUGUUAAGAGCAUUCCCUACUGUCACCUCCAAUGCUGAGCAGCCUUCUGUCUUUGCUGCUACUCACCUCUGUCUUUCCGUUCUACCAUAGGAAGAAACUAGCAAUUUGUUGCUGUGACAUGUGGAAACCACGUUGUAAAGAAACCACAAACUGGAAUCCUUUUCCAGCCGGAGGCCUGUUUCCCAGUGCACCCAUCUGGUCUGGGAUGUGUGAGCACUGAAGGAGCGAGAGGACAGAGCAGACAUCUUGCAGCCUGCUCCAUGGGACCACAGCCCUCCUGCCGGGGCACGGCAGCUCCGUGGGAGCGUGGCGUUACCUGGCCUUUGCAGGCAUUCUGUCUGCUGCCUGCUCUGAGGCUGCAGUGCUGGGAGUCUGGCAGUAUGGAGAUCAUAGCUGGGUCUAUUUAAUGUGAAAUGGUGAUUGCUCAUCCGCCCACUGUUUAGUAACUGGUGUAACUGUGUUUUCAUCUGUAUUUUUUUAAUAUGCAAAAGCCAUUUAAUUUUCUAUGCAGUUGAAAAAUGUCUCCCCUUUGCAACUGCCAGGUGGGAGAUCUGUGCAGGAGAACCAAGCCAAGUGGCUGACAGUUGUGUUGAUUUUGCUGUCAUUCACUUUUAAGGAUGCAUUCUGGAGUCCUCUGCACACGGUGUCCUUUUACUGAGCUCCUGCCUGUUAGACCCCACUUAACAUCCCUGAGUCUCAAGGAUGAGGGUCCCAUAUUUUUGAAGGAUCUGCCAUUUCCCAUGAGUCUUGUCACAAGGAAAGAGGGCUUGAAGGCAGUUCUCGAAGAGCAGAGAUGCCUGAAUUCAGAGCAUGCAUUAUAUUUCUGUUCUUGUCCCUCCUUGGAGAGUUACUGAACUUUUAGAAAUGACUAAGUUUCUGUGGAGCACCCUGCAGCCUUUACUAAAGGUGUAUGAAGAGAGCAGAAAGGACUGGGGCAUCAGUUGUCACCCCAUGGAGCUGACAGUCAAUUUAACCCCUUUGAAAUAGGAGGAGGAUCUCCUGGUAGUGGAUGUCUACUUCCCUCAGGAAGGGAGGAUGACUGCACUCAUUUUGCUUACUGGUUUUCAGAAUCCCUUGCUUGUUGACCAGUUGAUUUCCUAGUGGAUGUGGUGCAGACAAUUUUGGAAGCAGAGCUGUCAAGUUUCUUUGCACAGCAGGGCUUCCAGCACCCGUAACGUGUCCUGGAGUACCUUGUGUUAUGCUCUGAAGCAAAACCUGGGAUUCAAACCUGCAUCCGUCCAAGUGAAACUCCCAGGAUAGCAUCGCUGCCUUCUGCUGGGUCUGUGUAAUGUGAGAAAUUGCAUGUCCCUAAGCACACACAGAUCUGUUGAGGUAGAGAGGGAUCCCAAAGGGUGAUGCUGCACAUCUAGCUCAUCCUAGGGUUUGCAGUGGUACUUGGGGGCCUCUGGCCACUGCAGAGGGUCCUGGGUGAUGGGACAUCUCUGCUUUAACUUUGCUAACGGCAGAAAGGGCAGAGAAACAAGAUUGUUCUACGGUGGCUGCAAACUCAAUAGUGCAUUUGGGUGCUGCUUUCCCAGGAACCCAAGAAGCGCUUGGCUGUGCUGUAGCACCAGAGCUUACAUGGGGACCCUGUUCACUUUCCCUUUGUACCUUGGAGGUGGUUAAACUUGGUCAGAGCACUAGGUGCUCCUCACUGCAAGGAGAGAUAUGGCUGAGUUGAAGGGAACUGCAAAUAGUGUUUAGGAGCUCACUAAGUGAGGUGAAAACCCACCAGCUCACUCCUGCAGAACCAGAUUCUGGAGCUCAGCUCCUCUCGUGCCCCUUGGAUGGGAUCUUGGGCUAGCAUCCUAGGAACAGCAGUGCAGGGAGGUGGAGAUGCUGCACUGCACUAAGCACAAGAAGAGGCAAGCAAGUGGGCCUCAGUGUAGCACUCAUCACGCGCUUCAUGGCUCAGUUCAUGGACUGUAAUUGCAGGUAUUCAUAUACUCUACAUCACUGGGCAGGACUCUGCGCGCACACACAUGCAUGCCCAGACGCACACACACCACACCCACAAUUGCCCACACAUCCUCACCAAAACAACUGAAAAUAAAAGUGAUCUCAAUCUCAA